AUGACCAUUCCUGGGAUGUGUGAGCUGUCUCACGGUCCAGGAGGUCCAGGCACGGGAGAGGAGGUCCGGGGGCGCGGGUCAGGCAGCACCCUCCAUACCCAGCGGGUGCGGCGCCAGAGCCUCAUCCCCGCUGUCUCCCAGUCACAUGCACGCCAAGCUGCGGCCCCGCCGGGCACACGCCCGAGGCGGCAGCCGGGGGUCGGAGCUGGCUCCCAGCCCGUGGGCAAGGCCGCUUACGGGUCUGCCAGCACACGUGACUUGCCCACCGAUGUCGUAGCCACACGCCGUGUGGCCUCGUGCCCCCCCGCCCGCGUGGGCGUCCUGGGGCUGACCGCUGCCUCCGUCCCCGCAGGGCGGGAGCAGUUCCACGGCCUGGGCUCCAUGUACUGCCGGGGCGCCGUCGCCGUCAUCCUCACCUACGACGUGAACCACCUGCAGAGCCUGCGGGAGCUGGAGGACAGGUUCCUGGGCCUGACGGACACGGCCAGCACCGACUGCCUCUUCGCCAUCGUGGGCAACAAGGUGGACCUCAGCGAGGAGGCGCCGGCGGGCGGGGAGGGCGGGCGGGGCCCCGGGCCGGCCAGGCAGGUGCGGCCGGAGGACGCGCUGGCGCUGUACCGGAGGAUCCUGCGCUACAGGAUGCUGGACGAGAAGGACGUGCCGGCCGCCGAGCAGAUGUGCUUCGAGACCAGCGCCAAGACCGGCCACAACGUGGACCGCCUGUUCGAGACCCUGUUUGACCUGGUGGAGCGCGUGAUCCUGCAGCACCAGCAGCAGCCGCCGCAGACCGUGGAGCUCAGCGCUCGCGAGCCGCCCGCGCGGACCAAGUCGGGGUGCUGUGCCUGAGCCCCCGCCGCCAGGAGCGGGGUCUGCUUCC